AAUAGCUUAAGACUAUUCCAUCUUCCAUUGGAAGUCUAAGCAAACUUGUUAAGUUAGACAUUACCUACUGUAAAUCACUUGAAACUUUUCCAAGCAGCAUUUUCAAAUUGAAGUUGACAGAACUUGAUUUUUCUGGUUGCUCAAUGCUUAGGAUUUUUACAGAAAUCCCAAGUGACAUUGGUCGUAUGUCAUUCUUGACUAAAAUUUCACUUCAAGGAGGCAGAAUUGUGAAUCUUCCUGAGAGUAUUGUUCAUCUCUCAAGUUUGAAAUCACUUAAUUUAAGUGAUUGCAAAAGCCUUGAAUGUAUUCCAAAGCUUCCACCAUGUCUAAAUGAGUUGUUGGCAUUAAAUUGCACAUCCAUUAAGAAAGUGGUGCCAAAUUCAUGGUUGAAACUCAUGUCAGAUUACAAUGACGAAAUAGAUGAUUUCUACGAAUUCCGUCUCACCAACAGUGAAGAGUUAGACGCAUCUUCUUGGAGUUAUAUCGUAAACAAAGCAUGGAUUAAGAUCGCUGAUGAUGGAUAUCGGUCAGCGCUCUUCUGCUUUCCAGGGAGUAGAGUUCCGGAUUGGUUCCUUCACCGAGGCCAGGGACAUUCAAUAACUGUGAAAAAUAAUGAUGGAUAUGUGUGCAGUGAAAAUGGGCUCAUUGGUUUCGCUCUCUGUGUUGUUUUUGGAGGUGAUGACACAAGAACAAGAGGCAGUAGAAUUACAUACAAAUUAAGCCUUUUAUAUGAUGAUAAGUCAUUCGUUUUUUAUGACGAUUUGAAUUGGAAGCCAGAAGAUAGUUGUAUCAUCCGAGAUCACACAUUCUUAUGGAAAUAUCAAUUAGACCGAGCAAGCGUUGGCAACAACCUCAUUCAUGCCCAAAACUUCACUUUUGAGAUCAUAGGUGAUUAUUUUAGGCGCUCAGAUUGUCAAUUAAACAUAAUGGUGAACGAGUGUGGAAUUCAUCCUCUGUAUGGAAACAUUUGGUAGACACAACUCAGAAGCACCAUUUUCCGCACUUAAAGGAGAACACAAAUCACCCCUUGUCAUAGAGACUGCUCAUUUAAAUUGAAUGUGUGAUUUAUUGAUGUUUGGGUAUGCAAUAGUUAGUUGUGGUUUGACAUUUUAAUUGAUUAAAUUAUGUAACAGAUUCAAUCUAUUAAAACUCUUUUUAAGCAUUCUUCCACAUUGUUUAGGAAAUAAGUAAUUUCUUGAAAAAUUCUUGUUAUGCAACAGCAGUGUAUAUUGACGUGCAAGCAUCUUUUCCUACUUUUGAGCUCUCCACGUUAUGAUCACUUGUUUAAUUAUUAGUAUGAGAUCAACUGAUCCGAUGCUCCUAUAUUUUUGUACAACUGUGAUGUGAAAGUCAAGGAGUAGAAAUGGUUUUAAAUGGAAUAGCCGAUUAUUGUCUAUUAGAGUUUGACCUAACUCAUCCUU